AUGAAGCCAGAGUCCAGGCAGGCCCUCUUCCAUGUCAUCAUCGCUGGCUGCCUGUGUGUGGCCACCAUCUACUCGGGCGUUUUUCAGGGUGUCUUUGUCCAAGUAGGCUACGAGCACUACGCAGAGACCCCCGUGGCCAGCCUGCCCAGCUUCGUAGCCAUGCCCUUCAACUCGCUCAUCAAUGUAGCCUACAUGCUCCUGGGAUGGCACUGGCUACACAGAGAUGGGAGCAUGCUGGGCCGCUCGCCAGAGGCACCGAAACUUCAGUACCUGAAGGACGUCUUUGCUGCCAUGGCUCUCGUCUAUGGCCCCGUCCAAUGGCUGCGGAUUGGGACGCAGGCACACCCUGCCGCCGUGCUCGACCAAUGGCUCACCUUACCCAUCUUUGCCUGGCCAGUGGCUUGGUGCCUCUACCUGGACAAGGGCUGGCGGCCCUGGUUGUUCCUCUCCAUCGAAUGCCUCUCCCUAGCCAGCUACUGCCUGGCUCUGCUGCACCCCUAUGGCUUUGACGUUGCCCUGAGUAUACAUAUUCUGACAGCCGUGGGGCAAGCCGUGCGGCUCCAGGCGCGGGCUGGCGAUACCACCUCAGGUGUGUACCUAGUCCUGGGGGUACUCUCCUGCCUGGGCUUCGUGGUCCUGAAGUUGUGGGACCAUCAGCUUGCACAGUGGCGUCCCUUCCAGCAGCUGACAGGCCACUUCUGGUCCAAAGUCUGUGACGUCGUGCAAUUCCACUUUGCAUUUUUGUUCCUGACAAAUGUAGGCAGUCACCAAAGAGUCCCCAAAGAUAAGCAGCUUUAA